AUGUCGACAACGCCUAUACGGACUCUUGCCUCAUCGGCAUCCCGCAUACCAGUUAUCAGACGAUCAAUCAUCCCUUGUUCAUCUCGAUAUGCCUCUUCUUCUUCUUCUUCUUCUUCCAAAACUUCUACUCAAACUUCGCCUCUUCCCAAAGACGAUUGGGUUCUUCCUGAUAUACAUGUUGGACCCACUCAUUCUUCUCGAUACUCCCAACACUACAAUAACACAUUAGCGGCCGAUUUGAUGUACAUGACAUAUUCUCAUCGAUUAGCACAAAAACCACCUAAACCCGAACCUAUCCAACCUCCUCAAACCGCAUACGAAGCUAAUAGACCACGACCACCUAUAAUGCGAGGUAAUAGAGCACUACGAACACAAACCACAUCUAUCGAACCUGAAUCAGUGCCGAAGCUUGAAUCAAUUAUCAUCCAUACAAUGGUAAAAGAAGCCAUAGCUAAUAAAUCAACCUUGCUAUCUGCCAUAAUGGCUUUGAGAGCUAUUUCAGGUGAAACACCUAAUGGAGGAGGUAGAAAAGGUUCAUCAGGAGUAGAAGUGAUAGUAGCUAAAAAAUCUGCUGCUGCAUGGAAAUUAAGAGCUGGAAUGCCAGUCUCAGUCAAAGUGGAAUUGAAAGGUGAAGCAAUGUACGAUUUUAUCCAAUCUUUAGUGGAUUUCGUUUUGCCUAGAUUAAGAGAUUUUCCUGGAAUCCCUUUACCUCCUUCGUCAACACCCAAAAACUCUCCUGCAAGUCUAACUGGUGUUGUCAGUUUCGGUUUCUCACCUACGACAAUGAGUUUCUUCCCUCAAAUAGAAGCAAACACAGAUGCUUAUCCAAGAUUACACGGUUUCCACGUUUACUUCAAAACUAGUCUGAGAGGCGAAAACGCUCAUGAAUACGCCAGGACUUUGGUCAGUGGAUUCAGAAUACCUUUCCACAGGAGAUAA